AUAACCUUGGAAUUCCUACAAGUCUAUUCUAGGCUGCCCUGAUUACUUUUGACUUACAACUACUGACAGCUCGGCUACUAAGUAGUCAGUCAUGUAGGCUAGUUUCUUUUUAUUUGUUUUGAUUCAGACUGUCUUGAUUUUCAUGGUUUACCUUGUUGUUCGUUGUCAUGUCACCGUUUCUCUCACAUUUAAUACUACUUUAAAAGUAGCUAUGCCCAUUUCUUACUAAUAUGUCCUAUAGUUAUGAGCGGUAUAUACAUAUCAUUUCUACACUUGGGUGCCCUUUUUCUACCGGCCGCCUCCCUUGUAUCUACGCCCCUGCGCUGAUGUUACACUGUUCCACCGGUGUUCCCACUGUGGAUUUUUUUUUAUGUACAUAAAUGUGAUUAAAAACCAAAUGUCUUUUCACGACAAAAAUACAAAAGUAUUGUUUUAUAGUAACAAAGUCUACAGUACGAGCACCUGGGCGGAAAGUCGAUACGAUUUAAUAUAUUUUUUGUGUGUAAAUUUUGCUUUCCCUAACGGAUGGUCGCCCUUUUUCGAUACACAUGACGGCACUGACUGGCUAGCGAACCCGUCUUCAUACGUUUAUUCGGCCAUAUAAAGCCAUCUUUAUCGCCGUAUUUUACUGCCGGCUCACAACCCGAAAUAGGACAUUGUGUGUCCUUGUAGCCGUACACGCCUCCUCUGCUCAGCUGCCGAGUCGUGACAAUGGGGAAAAGAGCUAACAGGAGCUAAUGUGGAGGAUUCUCUGGCUGAUCUGACCCCAUCACUGUGACUACACACAAAUCAACAUUUGGAGGCUAGUCUGAACAACAAAUAGUAAUCAUGAGCACCCACGAGUCAGAUGUGCACACCUUCUCUCCGGAGCUGCCAGCCAUGUUUGAUGGCAUGAAGCUGGCAGUGGUGGCCACCGUUCUCUACGUCGUCGUCCGCUGCUUGAACCUAAAGAGUCCAACUGCACCGCCAGAGCUCACCUUCCAGGACAUGCCACUCAACCGGUUCCUGCUCAAGUCCUGUCCUCUACUAACCAAAGAAUACAUUCCUCCUCUGCUGUGGGGUAAAAGUGGUCACCUCCAAACAGCACUGUACGGUAAACUCGGUCGGGUGAGUUCACCUCACCCCAACGGUGUCAGGAAGUAUUUGCCCAUGCUGGAUGGGGCAACUGCAACAUUUGACCUCUUUGAGCCAGUGGGGAACCAUCGAACAGGAGACGACAUCACCAUGGUGAUAUGUCCCGGGAUUGGAAACCACAGUGAGAAGCACUACAUCCGAACGUUUGUGGAUUAUGCGCAGAAAGAAGGCUAUCGCUGUGCUGUGCUAAACCACCUGGGAGCGCUGCCAAACAUUGAACUCACAUCACCCCGAAUGUUCACGUAUGGAUGCACGUGGGAGUUCGCAGCCAUGGUGGGUUACAUCAAGAGGGCGUAUCCCGAGACGCAGCUGAUCGUGGUCGGCUUCAGUCUGGGUGGAAACAUCGUCUGCAAGUUCCUGGGGGAGAACAGGACCAACCAGGAGCGAGUGCUGUGCUGUGUCAGCGUCUGUCAGGGUUACAGUGCUCUCAGAGCCCAGGAGACAUUCCUACAGUGGGAUCAGUUCCGGCGCUUCUAUAACUUUCUCAUGGCUGACAACAUGAAGAAAAUCAUUCUUUCACACAGACACAGUCUCUUUGGAGGAAUCUCCGACAAGACUAUAGAUGCAGAUAUCGGGCGACUCUACACAGCCACGUCGAUCAUGCAGAUCGAUGACACCAUCAUGAGAAAAUUCCACGGCCACAGCUCACUCAAAGAGUAUUAUGAAAAGGAGAGUUGUGUUCAUUAUAUACACAAUGUGAAUGUGCCACUGCUGCUGGUGAACUCUGCAGAUGAUCCUCUGGUUCAUAACUCCCUGCUGAAAAUCCCUCACACACUAGCAUCAAAGAAGUCCAACGUGGUCUUUGCCCUGACGUUACACGGCGGCCACCUGGGCUUUUUCGAGGGCGCCGUGCUCUUUCCCCAGCCGCUCACGUGGAUGGACAAAGUGAUCGUGGGUUACGCCAACGCCAUGUGCCAGUGGGAGAAACAGAAACCGCCGUGCCAAAGUGCUCAUCUGAGUGAGAGCUCCUGUGAUGAGGAGAAAGCCUAAACCGCUGGUCGCCCUUAUCUCACCGUCUCACACUUUCUCAUCUCUCUCUCUCUCUCUCUCUCUCUCUCCCAUCUCAUUGUCCUCAAAACCAGGGGGAGGGGAGGAGACACCUGCGGUCAACCUGAAACUGCUCUCCUCUCUGCCUCCUCUCUGCGGUGCUCCUCCUAAACUGCUCCAGAUACAUUUCGUAUUUCGCCCUCACCGUAUCGUAUGUCCCCAAACGAAAAUAACGUUACUGCUUUUGCGCUCGUUUCUUUUGGUCAAAUUACAAAUAUUGGGGUGUUGACCAAAAAUGGUGAGCACUGUGAUUAUUAACGAGAUGACAGCACACACUACAGGAGUACUUGAGGUCAUGAGGUCAUGUCCUUAUCUUUGCUGCUUGUCACCGCCAAGGCCACACAGUUCAGAUUGCUCUUUUCACCCACACAGUGUUGACCUAUUAUCAUAUAUGGGAAGAUAAUGUCUGUGUGUUUAUGAAGUGGAUGGAGCGCCACCUAGUGAUCAAUAAAUCUCUGUGUUUGUGAGGCAGUGCUUUAAUUACAAUGUAAAGAACCAGUCAACCUUUUCCCU